CUCCAGUCCCAGUAACGGAGAGAGAUCCUGCUCUGCCAACGCAAGGAAACAACUCAAGAUUUCAGUCAAGGCAAUGAAGAGUUUGGCAAGGACCCAGAGGUGCUCAUUGGUAAGGAGGGCCGUCCACUUCACCGAGCAGUCGACAGACUCAAGCCGCGCUGGAUGGAUUGGCAUGGGGAAAGGAAGCCGUUACCCUUUGGCUAAAAAGCUUUGCUCAUCAGUGUUUGCCAUGCUCAUUUUCUCAAUGUGUCUGAAUUCAGUGCGUUGCCAGCAGUGUAGGAUCCAGAGAUGUAACGCCGAGUUCGUGGCUGCGACUUCUCCUGGGAUUGGGUUGCAAGAGGAAUCGGAGGGAGGAGGAGGUGGAAACGGCGGCGAUUUCUGCAUCGCGCUGCGAGCUUACUCGCAAUGCACCAAGAAGACGGCCAAGUACUGCCGGGGGGACCUGGUGUAUCACUCGGCCGUGCUGGGCAUCAACGAUCUAAUGGCACAGCACAACUGCUCCAAAACGGGACCCACGGCCCCAGUGAAGCCGGCGGGCACGGAGCGGAGCCGGCUGCCGGAGCUGUGUAGUUACCAGGGCAGGGUCAACUCGCUGAGAGACGGCGGGCAACAGCCCCCGAAGUUUGCACACUGUGGCUUGUUCGGCGACCCGCAUCUCAGGACGUUCCGGGACGAGUUCCAAACGUGCAAAGUGGAAGGGGCUUGGCCCUUGAUCGACAGCGACUACCUGUCUGUUCAGGUCACCAAUGUACCUGUGGUGCAGGACUCUAGCGCCACGGCCACCAGUAAGAUCACGAUAAUAUUCAAGAGUUUUCAUGGCUGCACGGAGCAGAAGGUCUACCAAGCGACCACCGAUGGCCUCCCAUCGGCAUUUGUAGACGGCACAAAGAGCGGCAGUGAGCGGGAUGGCGGGAGCAGCCUGCGGAUCUUGGAGAAGGUGGGCAGUGGCCAGGUGGAGAUCCAAGCCCGCUACAUUGGCACCACCAUCAUCGUCAGGCAGGUGGGCAAGUACCUGACCUUCGCCAUCAGGGUCCCCGAAGAGACAUUGAACUAUGCGGACGAGAGCGUGUGCCUGCAGCUCUGCGUGCACGGCUGCCCCAGGAGCGAGCUCAUCAAGGAACACACCUUGUCCAGGCGGCUGUCUGGUACCAGGCUGCAGGGCCCCAGGCAGGUCUACACGGUGGAGAGCGCCACCUCCAAGUGCCGGGAGAUCCUUCAAGUGGAGGACGUCUACUUCCAGUCCUGCGUCUUUGAUCUCCUGACGACAGGGGACCCGGCGUUCUCCAUGGCUGCCCACGGAGCCUUGGAGGACCUCAAAGCACUGCAUCUCAAUGUUCUCAAACAGCACAGUUCUCCGAGGACAGGGGUGGGAAAAAAUGGUGCUCCAGCCCAUCACCUGCCGUACACCGUCUACCUGGCAUGUCUCAUCUUAAUCAUAACCUUCAUGUAGUGAAUGUGUAUACCUUCAGAUUGCAAAUUGUCUAUAUAAUAAUAUAUUGAGAAGUGUACAUAUGUGAAAAUGAAGUGUAAAGUGCCUGUAUAUAUAGUUGUAUUGUAUGAAUUAUUGUAUGAUGAGAGGCUUUCUGUUAGCAAUUUGUUUUCUUUUGUGUACUCUUGUUUUUAAGAACCUUGUUUUUUUGGGGGAUAUGGUUCCAAGGGGCAUCAAAACUUUGCCGA